AGGGCCAGCAAUGAGUGGCCACCGUGCUAAUAAUCCAUCAAUCCGCCUCUAUGUGAGCACUGAACGCUGCACACCACAACAAACCGCAACACGUGCAGGGGAGAACUUAAAGCAUUAUGAUACAAAGAAUUCAUUAAGAUGGAACUGGAAAGUUACGAUGGACAAUUCAGUGAUGCAGACGAGGAUUCUGAAAGUUCGCGUCUGCCAUGCCGCAUAUUGUCUAUCACAGCAUUAACAAAACUCACAGAAGAGAACUGGGAUGAAAGUGAUGACAACAUUUCACAUCAGCUCAUCUGUACGCCAUCAAGAUUCAAUGGUGAUUUUGAUGAUUAUGAUCAUGAUGACUCUGAUUAUGAUGAGGAUGUGUACUAUGUGGAUGAAGAUUGUAAAGACCUGACAAAGCAAUAUCAUCAGAGCAACCGGACUGGACCCAAUCAUUCCAGCAUUCAGUCACAGAAGGUUGAGAAGUUUCAACCAUCUGAGAAGUUAUUCAAAAAAUAUGCAGGAAAGAUUUGUUUGGAAAAAUUUGAAGGACUUAAAGGUUUUGGUGGCAAUGUUACUAACCGGAUAGUGGAAACUCAACGCAGAGCUGAAAAUGAAAGGCAAAGAGUCCGUGACAAAUCAGAGAGAGCAACAGUGGAGCAAGUGCUUGACCCACGAACUCGGAUGAUUCUUUUUAAAUUUCUCAACAAAGGAACUAUCACAGAGAUAAAUGGUUGCAUUUCUACUGGCAAAGAAGCAAAUGUGUAUCAUGCCCUGGGAAGUGAUGGCCAAGACUAUGCCGUGAAAAUAUACAAAACAUCCAUUCUCACCUUCAAAGAUCGGGACAGAUACGUCUCUGGGGAUCACAGGUUUCGUCAUGGAUAUGGAAAGCACAACCCCAGGAAAAUGGUUCGCACAUGGGCAGAGAAGGAGACAAGUAAUUUGUUCCGUAUGCAUAACUGUGGUUUGCCUGUCCCACGGCCUGUGGUUCUACGCUCACAUGUGCUGGUUAUGGAGUUCCUUGGUACAGAUUCAAUGCCAUCUCCAAGGUUGAAGGAUGCAGACAUUUCUGAAUCCAAGGCACGAGAGUUGUACUAUGAUCUUGUGGUUCAAAUGUGGAUUAUGUACCGUGAAUGCCAUCUGGUCCAUGCUGAUCUCAGUGAAUUUAAUCUCCUAUACCAUCAAGGUCGACCAUUUAUCAUUGAUGUAUCUCAGUCGGUGACUCCAGAUCAUCCACACUCACUGGAAUUCUUACGAAAGGAUUGUACCAACAUUACAGAAUAUUUCCGUAAAAAAGGAGUGCCCACCAUGACAAUCCAAGAAUUGUUCAACUUUUUAGUGGAUCAAACUAUAACCUCCCAGAACCGUGAUGAUCACUUAGAGAAGAUGAAGACCCUUGCCUGUUUGCGACCAGUUGGACAAAUGACUGAUCAAGAGAAGGUGGAUGAGGAAGUGUUCAAAAAUGUCUUCAUUCCAAAAACUCUGGAUCAAGUUAUUGAUUUAGAACGUGAUCUUGAGCAACUGAAAUUGGGUGAAAAGACAGAGAAAGACUUCCCCUAUCAUAAAAUUAUAGGGUUUAAGAAGGACCUCACAGGAGUAGAAGUACCAUCUGAGGAUACAGUAGAUUCUGGGGGAGAGGCAAGUGAAGAAGAUGAUGAAUCUACAGAUGAAGCAACAAGAGAGAAGGGCGAGCCUACCACAGCCGGACGACAAAGAGGAGAAUCUCCAUCUUCAAAGAAAGAACGUAAAAAAGCCGUCAAAGAUGCACAGGCUAUGAAAAGAAAAAACAAGGUGAAAAAACACAUCAAGAAAAAAGCUGAAAAGGAUAAAAGAAAGAAGCACUAAUGUAAUAUGAAUAAAAUUGUUUAUGAUAAUUUUUUCUCCUAUCCUUAAUGAAUAAGGCAAAUAAUGUGAAGAGUAAUGUAUUAUUUAUGUUAGAAAGGAUUAAGUUUGGAGGAAGAUGCACAGAAUGAAAUAUAGCAUAGUGAGGCAAGUAAGGUAGUGGUUCCCUGUGAAUGUGAAAUUCUCGCAUUUAUGUUUGGUAAAUUGUUCUUGAAAAGUUGUCCAUAACUUGGAGUUCCAUAAUGGAAACGCAAUCUUCCUAUUUACUUAUUUUUGCAGAGAUGUGUAUUGUACCAAGAAAAUAUUGUCACACUAAGACAUAAUAAAAUAACACUUGAU